AUGCUAGUUUUUUGUCCAGUUUGUGGUUCUUGUUUAACUGUCGGUGUGGGUCAAGUAAACCAGUUUGAGUGUGGAUCAUGCGAAUACAAAUUGCCCUUGGCGAAUCAUGUGAGAAUUUAAUUUUACUGAAGUGUGUGUUUAGGUCUCCAGUCGAUUAUAUCCGAAAAUGAAAGACCUGGAUGAAGUUUUGGGAGGUCCGGGUGCAUGGGAGAAUGCAGAGGUUACAGAAGGUUAGUAUUUUUCAGACGUUUCAAUACAGAGCUCUUUAGAACGGUGCCCUCGGUGUUCAAAAACAAGAGCGUAUUUUAUGCAGAUUCAAACGAGGAGUGCAGAUGAACCUUCAACAGUGUUUUACCGUUGUGCGAAUCCUGACUGUGCACAUAGAUGGAAAGAAUAA